AUGCGCUUCACGCCUCUCAUCCUCACCGGCCUCUUCGCCCUCUCCGCGAACGCCCAGUCCGGCACCACCUCUGCUUCGGCCCCUUUGAACUCUGAGCAGGCCGCGAUCAUCAAGUGCAUAGACGCCUGCCAGGACGGCGAUGUUUCUUGCACGAGCAAGUGCAUUGCUGUUCCUAAUCCUUCUGAUCAGGAUGUCAACGAAACAAACGACUGCGUAGCCGCCUGUCCCAAAGGCAACGGCACCGAAUCCGACAACGCCAAAUACUCAGACUGCGUGCAAGACUGCAUCGGACAGCACUACUUCACUGCCACCACGGGCGGAGCUGCCUCCAACCCCACCAACGCCGCUCCUGUCACGACCACCACCGGCGUCACCAGGACUAAUGUCGUUGUUGUCUCGACUGUGGUGAGCGGAUCUUUCACCACGACGGUUACGAGCACCAGCACGCCUAGCGCUGCGCCUAGUGAGAGUGGUGAUGAUGGCAAGGCGACGAGCACGGCGAUGGUUGAGAGCACGAGUAGUGCUGGUGCUGCUGGGAGGGUGGCGGUGGGUGGGUUGGGAGGAUUCCUUUUGGGGUUGGCGGCUGUGCUUUGAGGUGGUGAACAACUAAGGGAAGUAAGUGAGUUGGGGUGGGUGGGAUGAUUAAUUGAUGCCCGGCUUUUGGAUGUAUGAUGUGAUGGUUAUGGGCGGACAUGAUGGGAUGAGCGGAUGAUGGGAUUAUGGUUAUGGGUAAUGGCUUGUGUGGCUUUGGAUGACGGACGGACUUAAUGAGGUUUUUGCGGCGAUUGGGGGGUCUGUGCUUGAUACCUUUUUGGAAAAAACUGAAAAGUUGCAG